CCGCAUUCGAGGAGACAUUUGAACGCGGCUCCCUCCGUUCUAGGCUCGGUUCUCCCCUCGAGCCGGGCGGGCGCGCCCUCUCGCUUUCUCCAGCCGCGAACUCGUGAUUUCAAUUCCAUCUUCGUCCGCGUCCGCCAUUCUUGUCCUUUCGCGUCGCGUUGUUUCUCAUUUCCCUCCACACUUGCCGAGAAGCUGGUAUUUCUCAGACCUUUUCUCUGCGUCUGUCUGCUUGCAAGACGCCUACCUGAAGUCCCCCGGAGGGUGUGCCCGUCCUCACUUCGAGGCUUAUACAGAAAAGCACGUUACGCUUUCAGCCACCCCAGUUUCCAAAUCGUGAAAAACACCCGGGCUCGUCCAGGCUAGGAUGUGAGCUGUGGACGCCCCGUGACGCUUGUGAUUUCUUUCAUGUGACGACAGCGGCAGACCGGGAGAGUCGUCCAGCGCAGAACCGCGACCUCUCCAGUUUGUAUCUGAUACUUUUAAAGAAAUUUCGCGAAAGAGGUGCCUUUGUGCCGAGCCGGGCAUGCUCUUCUCACUUUCUGGGAUGUGUAUCUCCCACAGGUAGGACGAUGAAUCCGCACCUCCCGGGGGGGGCGAGCCCUUCCCCAGGCGUUGCGGACGCCCUGGAAACAAACCGGUCUCCUUCCUCUGGUAUUCCUCGCCACAGUCACUUCUCCCCGUCUCUCAGUGCCUCUCGCUACCAUCCUCACGCGCGAACGCAUGCCGGCGACAGCCACGCGGCCCCUGGAUACUCGGUCCCUGGCGCAUACCUUGGCAACUCGUCUUUCUCUGCGUCUUCCUCGUUUUCUUCCCCCCCGGCUGAGGGUCGAGGCGAAGCAUCUGGAGCCGUCUCGUACGUGUCUUCGGUGCACUUUCCCCCCCCUGCUUCCGAGUCUGUGGCGUCGCCUCCGGCGGCCUCUGUCGCGUACGUCCCGGCUCGCGGGCCGACUCAUGGGCCGCCUCAGACUGCAGGAUUCUCUACUUCGUACUCUUCCGCAGCUUGUGCGGGGAGCGGCGCGUCUGCCUCGCCGGGGUACUUUCCUCAGCAGACGCCUGGCCACGCGCAGGUGACCUCCGGCUCCCCGCCGACAGCCAAUUUCCAGAGUGAAGAGAGAGAUCAGCAACGCUCGCAUCUCCUCCACGGUGCGGCGGGGAGUCUGCUUCCCCAACAGCGCCCCCAAGGGAACGUUUUGUCUCCGGACUCGAGUCGCCUUUCUGCGCACUACCACGUUCGCCCCGCUCUCGCAACCCCUGCCCACGCCCGGCCCCCGACCCCACAGGAUGUGCAUGCACCGGGGGCACCACCCCAAGCGGCAGGCUACGCAGGCGGUCCCAGCUCUGCUUCCUUUCCACUCGCUUCGCCCGCCGAGGCGCGGUACCCUCACUCGCGGCCGGCGUAUCGCCGGGAACCCCCCUCGACUCCAUCCGUGAAUGCAAACGGAGCCUUCGCCGGAAAUGGGACGAGUUCCGCGACCUAUGGCCCGCGCGCGAGUCGAGCGCCGGGCGAGGUGGCGAACAGCCCCUCGCCUCAGCCGUUCUACGCCUCCUCUGUCUCUCGUACUCCUUCGCCCCAAGGCCCGUCAGGGGCGGGUCCAACGCCAGGCUCAGGAGGGCCUUCCUCAGAGGUCGCGGGGCAACCAGUCCCCCCUAGUUCAACUCCUGGACGAACCGCCUCGCCCGUGCAUGCGCCUGCGUACUACCGUCCUUCGGGUCCCCCGUCCUUCGCUUCGCAGCCGAACCCGGGGGCGAGUCCAGCGUUCACUGUUUCAGAGGGCGCCACCCACGGCGUCCGGAGCAGAGGUUCCUCUGGGGCUUCUGGCCCCGCCGCGGGUGCGGACAGCGGUGCGGUACAUGCGUCGUUUUCGCCCGCUCUUCAGCUGCGUUCCUCCUCGCCCCUCCAAGAUGUUUCUGGCCACCGGCCUGGAGACUUUGGCCAGCAGCCACGCGCGGCUUCGUCCCCAGCCGCGAAGCCGCAUGCAGCUCCGCAACCGCCCUUCGCUCCACAGUUUGCGCCGCAAAACCCUUCAGGCCCACAAGGCCCACCAGCCCCACAGAAGCCCGUCGGUCAGGAUGUGAGAGGGGAAAAGCCGGGUGGCGCCGGGAGAGGCUUCGAGGGGAGCCCGGACGAACUCCCGCGACCUGGAUCUGUGCGGACGCCUGGUGUGGACAGCGCGGGCGCCAGUGCAUUGGGUUUCGUCAGUGCCCCAGGAGGAGGUGCUGUGUGUCAGGCGUUCUCGCGGGCGCCUUCUGCGGGACACCAAGAUGGCGGCAGCGUCUCUCCACUUAAGGCGGUCUCCGUCCCACUGUCUUCCGCGGGGUCCGCCUCUCGAGUCUCUCAGGCCCCGCCGCCACGCGUUGCAGACACCGCGCGUCGCCUGGCGCCCGCGAGCCGAGAGAGCGCGACUCCGCGAACUGGGCAGAGUGGGGCGUUUUCGGAAGCCUUGUCGAGCGGACCCGCGCCUCAGGCUCCUCGGCCGCUGGCAGCUGUCGAAGGCGGUGGAGCCUCAGGGGUGCCUUGCCAUGCUGGAGAUCCUCCCACCUUCACCGCUGCUCCCGGGGCUGCCUCCAGGACUGGCGGGGCUGGGUUGGCGCGGCCGGUGCCGCUGUCCAAGGGGCCGGUGUCUUCUGUGGGGCGAGAGGGCGCGAGCGACGCCGGGGGGGCGAGCGGGCGUGUAGGGCAGGGGAGACAGUUGUUGAAGACGCUGAACUUCUCCAAGACGCUCUUCGUGACCGAAUCGUUCACUGACAAGAAGUUGAACGUCGCGAGCAACACAUUGCGGAAGAAUUACGAAAACUUUGUUCUCUUGAGAAAUAAAAAUGCCAUCGUCAUUCCAGGCCCGAAGAAAACCAAGGAUCACCCCAGAGGGACGAUUGUGGCAUACAACAGCGGGUAUAUCGUGGCUGCGGCGACCCGCGAGCAGUUUGUGGGCAUGAACUUGUCACCUGCCCCCGCGGACCUGGGGGUUUCUGGGAAGAAGGGCGGCGUGGCGUCUCCACCAUUGGCUUCGUCUCCCAACAAGGAGGCGCCAGCCCCCGCAGCAGCGCCUUCAGUCCAGACGAGCGCGCCGAUUUAUGCGGACUGGAUCCGCAAAAAGUUUCGGUCACAUGAAGCAGAGCCGCUGUGUCGUAACAACGGCUUCACGCGCCCGCUGACGGUCAUGACGCGAGCGGACAUCGACCCGCCCUUCGAAGUUUUCCUGGAGGAAUUAAGGGACUUCCUUUUUCUCCACUUCCCCCAUUGGCUAGUUGCCUACGACCCCGAGGUCGCGCCUUGUCUCGUGCUUUGUCGGGCAAAUCCGAAUAUCGCAAGUCCGACUCCAUCCAAAUUUGCGGUGAAGAAGUCUGCGGGUUCCAAGCACGCCCAGGGAGAAGACGAAGGAGGGGCCUCAGCAAGCGCCUUGGCUGCGGAAAAGAAGAAGGAGCAACCGCCGAAUGAGGGGAUUAGCAUGUCCCGGGCUGACGGUGCGUCGUCGUUGCGAGGAGGGCCUCCAGGGGGGUUUGUGGGUCCGGCUCCAGGGGCUUUUGCGUGUCGGCGAAAGCGGCCCUUUUCCAUUACUGGUGGCGGGGAAAGUCCAUUUAGUGCGGAACUCGAAAGUGUCUCGGCUGCGUGGGGUGUGGACGCGACGCAGCUCUUUUUCCCGCAUCUUCCAUCCCACAUGCACUUGUGGCCGCCAGCAGAGAAAAUUGAAGCGUGGAGGCGCCGGGACGAAGAGGCUCGGACUGAGAAUCGCAGCUUUCUCCAGUGCAAAUUCGUCAUUGGGGUACGCCACGUGAUCGCGCACGGCUUGAAAAGCCAGCAAGAGCUGCAUGCAGCGAUGACAGAGUUUUGGCCGAUUCUCCGGUUCUUCACGGCGCCUUCACAUUGCCGGUUCCGGAGUGUUGGUCCGUCGAGAGCGUCAGAAGUGGAUGGCGCUGACCCGAAGAAGGCGCAAAUACCCCGCGCGUUUCGACCUCUCGGGGAGGAAGAGGCCUGGCCGAGACUGGAAGAAGACCUUUCGACAGUCGGUGAGUCUUUACUGAAAAACGACCUGCUCGGGGAACCGCGAAAACGCCGAGGUGGACCGACGCUCAAACCUCCGGCGACCCCGCCUUCCCAGCCUGCUGUUUCGCUGCUUCCGCCCGGACUUUCGGCCGGGCGAAACGAGCUGGGGAAGACUCGGGCGGAACCUGUCUCUGGAAAUUCACCUGGUGCUCAAAACGGCGCGCGAAAACGGACUGAUAUGUUCAGGCCGACUGCCGCGGGCCUGAGCGACGAUUCUGCGAGUCUGCAGCCGCGUGUGAGAGUUGAGAGCAAGGCGGAGAACGUGGACUGGAACUCCGUUCACUUGGGUGAGCAGACGAGCUUGUAGAAAAGGGAGGAGAACGGGUUAUGGGGGGGAGAAGGGCUUUCAUAGCGUGUGACAGGGGACGGAAAGGGAGCUCCAUGGGAGAAUGUAGCGGACGUGAAGCGCACAGGUUGGGUCUGCUGGCCAUCACGCCGGAGACUCCACGAGCGUCUGCUCGAGUUGCGCGGAUGGAAGAAAUGGUGGCAGCAGCUUUUUUCUUUGGAAUGAAAUCAGAUGGGAAACAGAAAAUUGUCGCAGAUAAGGCUGAGGAAAGAAGGGCGGCGUGACUGAUGAACGGUUCAGUUCUCUACUGUGGACGUGGACAGGAGCUGCAGAGCCGUUAGAAAAGAAGUGCAGUGUCAGUGCCUCCAUCGUUUGCGAAAAAAACGAAACGUUCCCCACACAGCUGCGACGGAGUGUGUUGUGCAAAACCGAAUGCGAACCAUGUUUCUAAUAGACAUGUUUGUACGGGGUUCUAGGUCCCCGGUGAA